CUUUUUAUUUGUUCCUAUUUUAUUCUCAUGAAUCUACUUUGAUCAUGCACAAUGAUCCGAAUCCAGGACCUGGUCUAGUGCUUGAUGUCACCCCAGAAAAGAUUGAGAGAUUCUCAUUUGAUCCCUAUCCUAAAUGCUGCAGCUGCACUGUUGGUGAGGAGCCAUGUGAACAACUUAGCUGAAGGAGUAUCCUUGGCAUGCGAAACACUAUUAUCAGGAAAAGCUCUUAAGACACUGGAUUUGUGGAUACAGAUUUCCAACGUUAGUACCGGUACAGUCUAGAUCUUAGUUGAUUUUGCCUUAGUAUUUUCCUGUGUGGACUUGAUUGAAGCAGAACAGGUAAGAAGAUCUGGCAGAUUAACGCAAGAUAAUUGUUCUGAUUAAGUGAAGGAAUGAGGGAUUAGAAAAGGAAAAGUAGCCCCAUGCGACCUAAGUCGCUCAACGGUUAGCUGACAAGGACCUUCUUUUUAAGUAAUCUCACUAAGAGGUAUUGUUGUUUAGUCCUAUAUUGGAUUGAAAGUUGGAGAAAUAGUAGGGUCAUUGUGAUAGACCUUCUAUUACUAAAGUCCACCAAUGAAGGGGAAGUAUGCUAGGAAGGUGGAAGGGUUGGAUGGUGUGGUUGACAUUGUUGGAACAGGUGGUUAUGGUGCAAACACUGUGAACAUUUCCACUGGUGCUUCAAUACUUGUCUCGGCUUGUGGUGCAAAAGUUGCUAAGCAUGGAAGUCGUUCUAGCUCUCUUGCAUGUGGAAGUGCUGAUGUGUUAGAAGCUUUAGGUGUAGUUCUUGACUUGGGACCGGAGACAGUACUUCUUCCCAUAACAAUUACUUGGAACUCAAAUGAUACAAAGAAAAUGGAUGUAAGAAGGUGUGUAAAUAAGGCAAGGAUUGGUUUCAUGAUGUCUCCAAAGUAUGAUCCAGUAAUGAAUAUUGUUAGGCCAGUGAAGAAAACGCUGAAAGUAAAAACUGUAUUCAAUAUCUUGGGCCCUAUGUUGAAUCCUGCAUGGAUGCCUUUUGCUGUGGUUGGUGUAUACACUGAAGACUUGGUACUCAAAAUUGCCAACGUGUUGCAACGGUUUGGCAUGAAAAGAGCAUUAGUUGUUGACUCAGAGUGCUUAGAUGAGAUGAGUCCUCUUGUGAAGUUCGGAAUUCCUUGGUGCACUCUUGCUAGCUUGCUAGUUUAUAAUGCGAAGGUCUUAAGGGAUGUACUGUCAGUUGAAGAUGCAUUUGUUAGUUUUCUCUGCUUGCUUUCAAGCCCAACUGAAUGCUCCAUGUUUCUUGUUCUGUCCAAAAUUAGUUAUGGACAUAUGUACCAUUGGGUCAACUCCAGUUAUGGCCUCCAGACUGAUCCAUGGUAUAUAAUGAAGAUCCUAAAUGCUGCAGUUGCACUGUUGGUAAGCAGCCACGUGAACAGCUUAGCUGAAAGAGUAUCCUUGGCAUGCGAAACACUAUUAUCAGGAAAAGCUCUUAAGACAUUGGAUUUGUGGAUACAGAUUUCCAAGGUUGACAUUGUUGGAACGGGUGGUUAUGGUGCAAACACUGUGAACAUUUCCACUGGUGCUUCAAUACUUGUCUCGGCUUGUGGUGCAAAAGAUGCUAAGCAUGGAAGUCGUUCUAGCUCUCUUGCAUGUGGAAGUGUUGAUGUGUUAGAAGCUUUAGGUGUAGUUCUUUGACUUGGGACCGGAGGUAGGUUCUCAUGAAUCAAGUUAGUUGUUGUCAAAUAAUUGGUGUUAUACAAUAUGGUGUUAUUCAUGUAUUUGUGGCUAAUUCGUCAAUGUAUUUGCUAUUCGUCAAUUACUUGGAACUCAAAUGAUACAAAGAAAAUGGCCAGUGUCUCGACCUGA